GGUCGUGUUAUGCGGUCCUUUCCAGGUAUUUGAUGUUUCUGUGUCGUGUUUUGGUCUGGAUGAGGUAGAAAGAUGACAGCCAGAAAGUCCGGGUCGCGAUUAGAGACUGAAAUAGAGCGAUGUCGAUCAGAAGCACAAUGGGACAAGAUACCAGAACUUGUGCGGCAGCUGUCUGCGAAAUUAAUCUCAAACGAUGAUCUUGGGGAACUUCUGCUGGGGGAGGCGAAACUCCAGCAGUACUUGAAAGAAAACCCCAUCAAGCAGGGAGCGAGUCCUCGCGGUCCCCGGCCGCGCCUCCAGGAAGUUCGGAAACAUCUGACGGCUGCGCUUGAUCGGGGAAACUUAAAGCCUGAAUACAUGCAAGAAGCCAGUCUGAUUAUGGGUAAGCUGUGUUAUGUGGAGGGCGAUUAUGGAGAAGCACUGAAUCAGUAUGGCCGUGUGAAUCUGGAUGAACUUCAACUUGUUGGCUCUCCGGUGUACAGACUUUCCAUGAUCGCAGAGGCCUAUGCUACUAAAGGACUUUGUCUGGAAAAGGUACCUGCAGCAUCCCCAUCACUGUCCAAUCGCAAUGCUGAUGGAGACAAGGAGAUCAUCACUUGCUAUGAGAAAUCUGGAGACAUCGCCUUGCUUUAUCUCCAGGAAGUAGAAAAGGCCCUCAGUGCUGGCAUUCAGAACCGCAGUCCAAAGCCAGGUCCGGUCUCACAGGAGCAGGAACUCGGCUACUUCCUUGAAACUGGACUUCAGAGGGCUCAUGUUAUCCACUUCAAAAAUGGUAACCUGACCCGAGGUGUCGGCCGUUUCCGAGAAAUUCUCCGAGCCGUUGAGACCAGGACCACUCAGAAUCUUCGUAUGACUAUUGCCAGGCAGCUAGCAGAGAUCUUGCUGAGGGGUAUGUGUGAACAGAGUUAUUGGAACCCACUGGAAGAUCCACCUCACCAGUCCCCUCUGGAUGAUCCACUCAGACCCACCCCCAUCAAGGACUACGCCCUUAGCCGACGCCCACGUAUCUACUCGGGAGAUAACUUGUUUUGUCCACAGGAGAACACUGAGGAGGCUUUACUCCUUUUGUUAAUCAGUGAGUCUAUGGCUAACAGAGACGCUGUAUUGAGCCGAAUCCCCGAGCACAAUAAUGAUCGAAUCAUCAGUUUGCAGAGCGCUUCGCUGGUGUACGACUUGCUGACCAUUGCGCUCGGUCGACGUGGACAGUACGAAAUGCUCUCAGAGUGUCUGGAGAGAGCCAUGAAGUUUGCCUUUGAGGAAUUUCAUCUCUGGUUCCAGCUCGCUCUCUCCUUGAUGGCUGCUGGGAAGUCGGCUCGAGCAGUAAAGGUGCUGAAGGAGUGUAUAAGACUGAAGCCGGACGAUCCCACCAUUCCUCUGCUGGCCGUCAAGCUGUGCAUUGGAAACCUGCACUGGCUGGAAGAGGGUGAGCGCUUCGCUAAAAUGGUGAUUGAUAUGGGUGAGAAGGCGGCUGAAUUCAGGGCUAAAGGAUAUCUUGCAAUCGGGCUUGUCUAUAGUCUGAAGGCCACAGAUGCAUCUCUUCGAGGAAUGCAGGAAGAAUAUCAGAAAAAAGCACUGAGUGCUUUCCAGAGGGCACAGAGUUUAUCCCCCACUGAUCAUCUGGCGGUUUUUUAUCUAGCGCUGCAGCUGGCUGUGUCUCGACAGAUACCAGAGGCUUUGGGUUAUGUACGUCAGGCAUUACAGCUGCAGGGUGAUGAUGUUCAUGCUCUGCAUCUGCUGGCCUUGCUGCUGUCAGCACAGAAGCACUACCACGACGGUCUCAACAUCAUUGAGAUGGCCCUCAGCGAGUACCCCGAGAACUUUGUUCUUUUAUUCACAAAGGUGAAGUUGGAGACGUUGUGUCGAGGGCCCGAGGAGGCGCUGCUCACCUGCAAACGUAUGCUGCAGAUCUGGAAGUCCUGUUACAACCUCACCAACCCCAGUGAUUCUGGGAGGGGAAGCAGUCUGUUAGACAGAGCUGUCGCUGACCGUCGCCAGCUGAACGCCAUGACACUACCUGACUUCAGUGAUGCAGAGACAGCCUCUCACACCUCUUCCUCCUCCUCGGGGUCAGAACCUGUAUCUCCUUUCUUUCCUAUUCCAUCUUUCUAUUCUUCACCUCCACCCAAGAUCGAAUCAACCCAGAAUCGCAGCAGCCAUGCUUUCUGUGACCACGCCCCCCGCCGACGCUUCUCCUCUUCCAGCAACCUUCAAGAUGCUUUCUUUCAUGGUUUUGACUCCUUUAUUGGGGUUUGUUCUGUCCAAGCCACUUCUAUAGCAGCAUCACGGGUGGAGCAGGCGCUGUCCGAGGUGGCAUCGUCCCUGCAAAGCAGCGCUCCAAAACAGGGACCCCUCCAUCCAUGGAUGACCCUCGCCCAGAUCUGGCUUCAUGCAGCGGAGGUGUAUAUUGGAAUGGGAAAGGCGGCCGAGGCGACAGCGUGUACGCAGGAAGCAGCCAACCUGUUCCCAAUGUCGCAUAACGUGUUGUUUAUGAAGGGUCAGGUGGCAGAGCUGCGGGGGAACGUGGACGAGGCCAAACGCUGGUACGAGGAGGCGCUUUCCAUCAGCCCUACCCAUGUCAAGACAAUGCAAAGACUGGGUCUGAUAUUGCAUCAGUUGCAGAGAUACAGUCUUGCUGAGAAGAUCCUGCGUGACGCGGUGCAGGUGAACAGCACGGCCCAUGACGUGUGGAACAGUCUGGGUGAAGUUCUGCAGGCGCAGGGCAACGACGCAGCGGCGACCGAAUGCUUCCUAACUGCCCUGGAGCUGGAAGCCAGCUGUCCCAUCUUACCGUUCACCAUCAUUCCACGCAGUCUCUGAGACCCUAAACAAAACCUUUAUUUAGGAGUCAUGCAUGAACUACGGUCCUUAUACACACACACACACAAACUUGAGAGGCCCUACAAUUCCUCCUAUUCCCCAGAAUGUCUUCUCACCCCUUCAACCACGUUAGGAUCCAUUGAGAUCCAUCACAUCCAAUAGAUUGUUUCAAUAGAUCUAUUGGUGGCACCGAUUAUAAAGGGAUAGUUCACCUAAAAAUGAAUACUUUGUCAUUAUGUACGAUCCCCCGAUGUCUUUCUUUGUUCUUUAGAAGACAAAUGUAGAUUAAAAAACUGUGUUGUUUAGGGUUUUCUGUUUAGUAUGGGAGUGAAUGCUGACCGCCUCUUCAAAUUUUUUAAGUGUUCUGAAGGCAUACAAAAGAGUUUGGUGAAAAAUAAACUAAAAUAUAAUCCAGUAUUUGAUUAAAGUCUUGACCUGUGUCUCUGUUUCAGUACACAUUUUCUGUACCAGAACUAUUGUUUUGGGAUGUUUGCGUAAAGUGUAACUGAAACAACAGCAAAAUUUCUUCAGAACACUUAAAUAAAAAAAGUAAGAGUCACUCAACACGAGGACACUUCUGGGUCCUUUUAAAGCUUAAAGGGCUUUCUAGGUACUAUAGGAGUGGAUGGUGACCCCUCAGUCACCAUCCACUCCCAUAGUAAUCAAAAACCCCAAAAAGAAACAAGUCACUUGACACAGGGACACUUAUGGGUCCUUUUAAAGCUCAAAGGGUUUUCUAGUUACUAUGGGAGUGAAUGGUGACCCCCUCAGUCACCAUCUACUCCCAUAGUAACCAGAAAACCCAAAAAGAAACAAACCACCUGACAUGAAGACACUUUUAGGUCCUUUUAAAGCUUAAAGGGAUUUCUAGUUUCUAUGGGAGUGAAUGGUGACCC